UCCCCUGAAUUCCCUUGGGAAUCGGACCAUGCACCUGUGCGGCGGGGCCGCCCCCUGCAAGGAAGGGAACCUGCUGGCCGCUGAUCCCAGGGAGGUGGACAGACAGAAGCGGCGAGAGAGGAACCGGGCGGCGGCUCAGCGUAGCCGGCACAAGCACACCGAGAAGGCCGAUGGGCUGCACCAGGAACACGAGUGGCUGGAGAAGGCGAACCAAGUCCUGCGGAAGGAGAUCUGGUCCCUGCAGGCCGAGGUGAAAGGGUGGCUCCGGACGCUGGAGGAGCAUCAGCGCAUCUGCCUCCUGACCGCGGCUCCCGGCUUCCCCCAGACCCAGCCCGAGCGGGGGCCCCGGGAGGGCCAGCGCCCCCCCUGUACGGCACAGACCUUCCCCCCGCCUCCGCGGGCCCCUGCCUCCCCCUCUGCCGGGCCCCCUGCAGCCGCUGCAACGCAGGCCCCGCCUCCUCCUGGCUUCUUCCUGGCCAGCCCCCUCUCUUCCCCACUCCCGCCUCUGGCAGAGCCUUUCCCUAGAGCAGCCCUGACCCAAACCCGGGGGCCUCCCAGCCUCCCGGCCUCUUCCUCUGGCCUCGGCCCUCUUCCCCCCGCCCCCCCUGGAGGCCUGCUCCUCCGCUGCCCAGAGACCCCAGAGAGGGCAUGAGAAGAGCGCGUGCAGGGCCCC